GCCACCAACGGAGCAAACUUCAAGUAGUUGACUCAAGUCAGUGAAACAGCACUUCGUGACGAGACGUUUCGUUGUCGUGUCACUAAUUGAUUCUCAAUUUCUCGGCUAAUAUCACACGAAAUUUUGUGUCUGUUCCUAUUCACUUAUCGGUUAGCCUUAACUCUAUCAGUGAAAAAAAUAAUAUUUUUCUAGUUAAUCGAAAAGAAGUUAUGGUACUGGACGUGACUGUAGUGUUCGAGCUAUAAGCUCGUCCAUUCUUUUACGGCAAACAGUGCAUUUUAGAUUAAUUUAUGGUUUUAUCCGAUUAGCCUAUUAAUUCGGUAACUUGACUGGAUGCAAUGGCUGAAAAUAUUGUCGUGCAUGUCAAUUCCUGACUGGCUAUCUCCACGGUAGCCCAUUCAUCGUUCCUCCCGUGGAAGUAGCAUUUCAUGUAUCAGCUACCGGAGUUCAACUCUGAUGUUUUGGCAGCUGAUUUUAUUCUUGCUUACGAACAUUGUAGGAAUAUUGGACAAAUUUUUUUACCCUCCAUGUUAGUGGAAGGUUCACAUAGUGUAGUGACAGUAAAUUUCGCGCGACAUUGUACGCAAUAAGUAAGGGAAAACGGACAAUAAAGCUUCUGGCUUUAUUCGGGAAGUAGCUAACGAUGACGUCAUGUGCUGAAACAUAAGCUGUUUUCACUUGUUCCGCUACAACAAUAUUUCGCGUGCACAGGUGCAAAUUGUAGAGAAUAAAAUAAAGUGUAUAUUGGCAUUCUGAUUGCUUAAUAAAUCAAUAACACAAUGGAUUCAGAAGAAGAGACAUACGACGAUGUUGAUUCUGGUAAUGAAUCCAGUGGUGAUGAUGUGGAUUUUGCUAUGGAAAUUGAAGCUGAGAAUCCAAGGGAACGAACAACAGAUGUUGACGAUUAUCCCUUUGAAGUUUUAUCUACAGAAGAGAUAGUACAACAUAUGAUCGAUUCUAUAAAAGAAGUCAACACAGUUGUAGAAAUACCAGCAACAACAACACGUAUUUUAUUAAAUCAUUUCAAAUGGGAUAAAGAAAAAUUAAUGGAGCGUUUUUAUGAUGGUGACCAAGAGAAAUUAUUUGCUGAAGCGCGUGUUAUUAAUCCAUUUAGGAAGGGUCCAUUAAUAAAUAGAAAUCCAUCUUCUCAGAGUGCUCUAUCAAGGAAGAUGUCAACAAAUGGUACUGAGGAAUGUGGAAUCUGCUAUAUGGUUCAACCAUCUGCAAUGAUGACUGGACUUGAGUGUGGACAUCGCUUUUGUACUGGCUGCUGGGGUGAAUAUCUCACAACUAAGAUCAUGGAAGAAGGAGUUGGUCAAACAAUUGCAUGCGCAGCACAUGCUUGCGACAUAUUAGUUGAUGAUGCCAGUGUUAUGCGUCUUGUAAAAGACUCUAAAGUCAAGCUAAAAUAUCAACAUUUAAUAACUAAUAGUUUUGUUGAAUGUAAUAGGUUACUAAGGUGGUGUCCAUCUCCAGAUUGUAAUAAUGCUAUAAAAGUACAGUAUAUUGAAGCCAGACCAGUAACUUGUAAAUGCGGGCAUACAUUCUGUUUCCAUUGCGGUGAAAAUUGGCACGAUCCGGUGAAAUGUCAUUUAUUACGUAAAUGGAUAAAAAAAUGCGACGAUGACUCGGAAACAUCAAAUUGGAUCGCUGCAAAUACGAAGGAAUGUCCCAAAUGCAACGUCACUAUUGAAAAGGAUGGUGGAUGUAAUCAUAUGGUGUGCAAAAAUCAAAAUUGCAAAACUGACUUUUGUUGGGUGUGUCUUGGACCUUGGGAACCACAUGGUUCUAGUUGGUAUAGUUGUAAUCGUUAUGAUGAAGAAGAAGCUAGAGCUGCCAGAGAUGCUCAAGAGAAAAAAAGAUCUGCGCUGCAAAGAUACUUAUUUUACUGUAAUAGAUACAUGAAUCAUAUGCAGUCAUUAAAAUUCGAAAGUAAACUUUAUGCGAGUGUAAAAGAAAAAAUGGAAGAAAUGCAGCAACAUAAUAUGUCCUGGAUUGAGGUACAAUUUUUAAAAAAAGCAGUAGAUAUUUUAUGUUCCUGUAGACAGACUCUUAUGUAUACUUACGUUUUUGCUUACUAUUUGAGAAAAAACAACCAAUCUGUGAUUUUUGAAGACAACCAAAAAGAUCUAGAGGGAACAACAGAACGUCUCUCAGAAUAUCUUGAAAGAGAUAUUACAAGUGAAAACCUUGCUGAUAUUAAACAAAAAGUUCAAGAUAAAUAUAGAUACUGCGAUAGCCGGAGGAAAGUACUUUUAGAACAUGUACAUGAAGGGUAUGAAAAGGAUUGGUGGGACUACGUGGAAUAGAGGAUUGUACCAGUUUUGUGUUUCGGGGAUGUAAAACAAGUUUUCUAUCUUGUUACUGUUGCCCCAGCUGUGAUAAAUCAAGAAAGCUGAUAAAGAGACAAAAAAUAGAGCAUGUCACCAAGUGAUUUACGUGUUACAUAUGCUUUAAACACAAUAUGAUCUAUGGCAACAUAUAUAUCGUUAUGAAUUUGAAUUUAUUAAAAUUGAAUCUUACUACCAUCAGGCUAUAUAUAAAAUAUUUUUUAUUAAUUAUGGUCUGGAAUUUGCGCUUACUAUGUGCUCUUCAACGUCGUAAUAUCUAAAUCCUUCAUAAAUAUGGGUUGCAAUGAUAUUUUCGAACCUUAAAUCAAUUUUAUAUCCAAACUCAUCAGAUACUGAAAACAUGGAGUUAUGAAACAAAUCAGUACAGUACAUUAUAGUACUGAAUGAAAGCUUCUUUAAAAUUCACUUAAUAUAUUUUAUUGCUAUAAUAUGACAGUGUAUCUUUUCAUACUAUUGCAAGAUUCUCUAGAAAGGUAAUUAAGAAAAUAUGAAAGAAAGAAAUCUUUUUAAGAACUUUUUAAGUAGUAUAUGAAAAGGUUAAUAUAGGAAUAGAAUACAUUAAUCUGUCUCUUAUUCUUAGAUCUGUGCAUUCAAUUUAUGAAGGGGUAAUUGAAUACGACAGGAUAUUGGUGCAAAUAAAAUUCACAGGAUGUAUUAUUAUUUUUGUUCGAUUUUGGACAACAACACGUCCGGGCUAUAAUAGCCAAUUUUUAUGAAAACUGAAUUAAAGUGAUCAUAACGUCAGUACCGUAUGUAAUUUGUAUAUCAAAUUAUAGUUUUAUUUUAAUUCCGUUUCUUUUUGUUACAUUUGAGCAAAUUACCAGAAUUAUACCUGCAUUAUAUGAAAGGGUCCAAUGUUUUUAAGAAUUUGUGGUUUAAUUUCUCUUACUUUUGGUAAAACUGAUUUAUUAACAGUUUAUACUGUAGCUAAAAUUAUUCAUGUUCAACACAGAUACUAAUCAUUGUAUAUUUUAUAUCUUUACUUAUUCCAAAUUUUGAAAAAAUCCGUUUCAUUUUCGUUCAUUCGUUUGAGUUGAUAAUCUCAUAAUGCUAUUGAUCUGCUUCAUACAUCAUUAACCGAUUAAUUCACGGUUAAUUACCAUGACACGAUGAUCACUUAUUGUUGUAUAAGUGAGGAACAAAAUAACAUGUUCCAUUUGUACAGUUAUAUAGUUAUAUAUUCACACAUAAAUGCAUAAUACAUACUUAUAUAUAGUUGUAAUAUCAAUAUUAGCAAACUUAAAGUAGAAACAUUUGA